CAGCCCCUUGCCAGUGGCCCUGUUCUGCCCCAAAGGGCUCCCCUGGCACAGAGGAGCAUCACCCUUCCCCCGAAGGGCCACUCCGCCCCAAGCCGGGGUCCCCCAAGUCACGGAUGCAGGCGGCGGAUGGAGCGGGCUGGCUGGGGCGUGGCUUCCCACGCCCCGCCCCCACCCCACCCCUUGGCCGGCGGGGCGGGGCGGGAGCCCACAGCCGCGGAGGGACUGGCCGGGCCCGGCCAACAUGUCGGCGCCGCCGGCCGUACAGAUCCGCGAGGCCAACGCGCACCUGGCGGCGCUGCACGGGCGCGUGGCGGAGCUGGAGCGGCGGCUGGGCGCGGCCGAGCGCACGGUGCACGGGCAGGCGGAGAGUCUCAUCCGCAAGGACGGCGAGCUGCGCGCGGCGCUGCGGGAGCUGGGGGCUGCCAAGGACAGAGAAAUUACUGCUCUGCAGCAGAAGCUGCUUUCAUCUGAGGAGACAAUUCAGAAGCUGUUGAAUGUCAUCCAGAAAAAAGAUGACUUAAUUGUACAGCUGAAGCACAGGAGUCAUCUUCUGACUAAAAUCUGCAGAAACCGACCCAUCCUGGACAGUCUUCUGUCUUACAUGGCAGAAGGGGAACAGUUAAGUACCUUUCCAGGGACCCAAAGUGAUUCCAGUUCUCCAGUUCAUGAUGAGUUCCAGGAGUCAAACUGCAUCACCAACCAGAUAUCAAAGAACAAAGACUUCUCUCUCAGUGAAGAUGACCUGGAAGAUCAGGAAUUGGAUACAAGCCAGUUUGGGACGACAGUGUGAACCGAGUGUGGAACAUGACCUUUAUUACAAAUACUCCAGUUCUGAUUUUCAAGAUUUUUGAUCUUGUCCUGAAAGAACCAGGUUCAGAUGGGAGUCUGUCCCCCACCUCCUCAGUUCUUGCAAGUAGCCUUUUCUAUACCUCCUUCAUUGAGGACUCAGGAAAGUGGCUACUUGACUGGAUACUAACCCUUGUUGAAAUGGGCACUUAUGGGUUUUCCGCUGUUCCUUUAUCAUGGGGAUCUUUUAAUUCAUCCUGUCCUUCAGUAUUUACUUUCCUCUGUGACACAAAACGUUUCAUGUUAGGGAUACUUAAGUCAAAUGCUGUAUGCAUAGUAGAUCUUCCAGCACUGGUGGCCAAAUGUA